CGCACCUCCCGCUCCCGGCGUCGACGCGCGGGCGUCGGAUUUCCGCCACCAUGUUCCGCAAACCCUUAACCCUGACGAGCACGCACAAGCUCGGCGGCGCGGACGUGAAGAAGCUCAAGAAGACGCUCGAGAAGCGCUUCGGCGCGUCCGAGGACGACGUCGACCUCCUGAUCCCCAAAAAAUCCGAGCUAUCGCUCGCCAAGGUGGCGUCGCCGUCGCGCGUGCACAUCGUCAUCGCGGACGGACACCCCAUCGUCUACGACGUCAGCGGCAAGGGCGACUUCCACCUCACCGUCUUCGCGCUGUGGCGCGUUCCCACGUUGCUCGGCCCGCCGAUCGCGCUCGUCGGCGCGCCGGUGUCGAGGUUCAUCCUCCAGGGCGCGGACCUGAUGCUCCCGGGGGCGGUCGUGCCGAGGAACGCAUCGUUCCCCGCGGGGCGAGUCUUCGCGGUGGCGGUGCCGGGUAAUCCGAUGCCGAUCGCGAUCGGCGAGGCGGAGAUGAGCUCCGACGACGUCGCCGCCGCGCGGAGUGGUGGCGGUAAGAACGGCGGGAAGGGGCGGUUCCUCAAGAUCCUGACAUCGCAUCGCGACGCGCUGUGGGACGUCGCGGCGUCGCAGCCGUCGCGGCCGACGCUCGCGCCGAACGCGGGGUUCGGGAAGAAGGUGGUGUCCGCGGUGGACGCGCGCGGACGGCCCGUGGAGGAGAGCGAGGGGGAGGAGGAUGAGGAAGAAGACGAGGGAGAAGAAGAAGAAAUUGCAGAGGGAGGGAUGAUGAGCGACGGGGAGGAGGAGGAGGACGUCGAGGGAGAUGGCGCCCCGCCGGCCGCGGGGAGGAGCGAAGCCGCCGCCGCCGCCGCCGCCGCGGGCGUCGCCGCGAUGACGGUCUCGGAGGACGCGUCUUCUCUCGACAUGGACGCCCUGAUCGACCGCGCGCUGCUCCAGGCGCUGAAGCACAGCGUGAAGGAUCACGCGCUCCCGCUGUUGGGGUCCGCGCUGUGGGCGCAGCACGUCGUCCCGUGCCGCCUCGCGGGCGCGGGGAGGACGCUCGACGUCAAGGCGUCGACGCACAAAAAGCUGAGCAAGCUCUUGAAGGUCAAGUCGAAACUCGGGUGGCUCACGGUAAAGGAGGACAAGCACACGAAGGAGAUGGCGGUCACGAGUGUGAACCGCGCGCACGACGACAUCAUGAACCACGCGAAGCACGAGACGGCGAGCGACGCGGCGGACGGCGUCGCCGCCGCCGCGGAGGCGGAGGCGUCGGCGACGCCCGACGAGUACAAGGGCGCUGCGGCGGCGGCGGCGACGCGCGACGACGCGAGCGGCUCGAAGCCCGCGAAGUUGACGCUCUCGAAGGUGUUGAAGCCCGGCUCGUCGACCGCGAUCAGAGCCGUGUUCGCGGCGGUGAACGAAUCAUCGGAGGGCGGCGGCGACGAUUCGUAUUCGUAUUCGUAUCCGUACGAGGGACUGUACACGGCGGAGAGAGCGAAAGAGGUGGUGGACGCGUACGUCGCGCUUCGCGGCUUGGAUCGCGGCGGCGACGGCGGCGCGGUGGCUCCGUGUCCGCCCGGGCACGUCGUCCUCGAUCCGACCCUGUGCGACGCGCUGUUCAAGGGCGUUCUGAAGAAGGGCGACGUCUACCCGACGUCGAUGAGCGCGAGCGACGUCGUCGCCGCGUGGACGAACCGGUUCCACCCGCAAAUCUCCGUGCGGCGCGGCGGCAAGGAGGCGACGAGGAAGGGCGAGCUCGCGCCCGUGCGGAUCGAGAGCGGGACUCGGGGGCCGAAGAAGGUCACGAAAGUCACCGGGUUCGAGGCGUACUUGAUCGACGCGGUAGAGCUGUCGCAGACGUUGAGCGCGAAGCUCGCGACGAGCUGCGCGGUGAGCGACUUGGAAGGGCAGAACAACAAGGGAAAGAGCGAGGUGACGCUCGGGGGGAACAAAGUGACCGAGGCGUGCGAGGUGAUGACGUCGUGGUACGGCGUCCCGGGGAAGUUGAUCGAGAAGAGGGAUAAGUUGAAGGGGAAGCGGUGAGGGCGCGCGCUUUUAGCGCGUCCGUCGUCGCGGUCGAGUAGUUCGCCUUGUCUUUGGGAGAGAAGCGCAGAAAAAUUUUC